AUGCAAAGCACUCUCCCAGCAUCAUGGUACCGUGAGCCUGGCUUCUACCAGCUCGAACGGCGUGCGAUUUUUAGUAAAUCAUGGAUUCUGAUAUCCCAUUCCUGCCAGUUCAACGAGACUGGGAAAUACGUUCGCUAUGAAAUGGCUGGCUACCCAUUUUUUGUUAUUCGAGAUCGAGCCGGUAAUAUUAAUGCUUUCCUUAACAUUUGUCGCCACAGGGCAUUCCCCAUUGUCCACAAAGACUCAGGACAAGCAUCAGUAUUGUCAUGCAAGUACCAUGGAUGGUCGUACAAGAUGAACGGUGACUUGGCCAAGGCUCCACGGUUUGACAGCGUUCAAGAAUUCGACAAAGACAGCUACAAAUUGUAUAAGGUACAUACUCAUAUCGACAAGCUUGGCUUCGUCUGGGUCAACCUUGAUGCUGCCGAGACACCAACCCACAGCUGGGAGGAGCAAUUCGGCGGAGUGACUGAGCAGCCACGCCUGGCAAACUACGACUUGAACAACUAUAAGUUUGACCACACUUGGUCGAUGGAGGGCAAGUUCAACUGGAAGACUCUGAUUGAGAAUUACAACGAGUGUUACCAUUGUCCCACUGCUCAUCCAGGUCUCGCACCCUUUUUCAAGGGCAACAGGCAGAUGGUAUAUGGCUGCCAGAAACACUGGAUUGAGCACCUUGGUGGCAAAGGAGAGGAGAGAUCAAGCUCUGUCAGUCCUACAUUUGCGUUCCCAAAUGCUUCCAUCACUUUAACUCCUAUCUUGUUCUACAUGAUGUCUAUCGUUCCAACCUCGGCUACCACCAGCUUGAUGCGCUAUGAGGUUUACCGAGCUAAGGACGCCACUGAUAAAGCAUUUAGAGAAAAGCUAGACUUCUUUGCUCAAGUUGAGGGAGAGGACAAGUGGCUUGCGAAUGGAGCUCAGGGUAAUCUGAACAGCGACACUUACACCACCGGCCCAUUCCAUCCAGAGGUUGAGGAAGGUGUGACUUUUGUCACCAGCUUAAUCAAAGACGUUUUGCAUCAACACGUGGACGAGGAAAAGAAGCGUGGCGAUGAGUGGUGGCCUGCACGCAGGGCUUUAGUAAAGAAGACUUCUGAAGAGGAUGAGGUAUUCUGCCGCGGAGUUUGCCAAAACUCAACACUGAACGGCAACAGUGCGGGAGAGGAAUUGGCUUGGUGA